AAAGAUCGGGGGCGGGACUCGCUGAGGUGCGAAAACUAGGCCAGGGGCGGAGCUUUGACCAGCGACUUGAGCGUGAAGGGGCGGGGCCCGCACGAAGGUGCGUCCUAGCUUGGAGGCGGGGCCUGGAUGGGAGGGGCGGGGCCGAGGGCAGUAUCCGGCCAGGUGAGAAGAGAAUAACAGCCUGGCAAGCAGCUUCAGCGGCAUCCACGGCACGAAGUUGGGUGGGUACACCAGGCACUUCCGAGUGAAACCGUGCGUAUUUCCGGUUAAGAUGGCGGCGCCCAGUAGAGUCAGGUGCGGACGACUUUGUCCGUAGGAGCAGCGGCGGCUUGAGGACCCGGGGAGACCCUCAAGAAUCGACCCAUCAGGACGCCAGAGCUGCUUCAGCGGUGACCACCUUCUCCCCCUAACACGUUCUAACCUUCUUCACAAACGGCCCAUGUCAGACGAAGGCUCAAGAGGCAGCCGCCUGCCCCUGGCGCUGCCCCCGGCCUCCCAGGGUUGCUCUUCAGGGGGCGGCGGCGGCGGCGGCGGCGGCUCCUCCUCGGCUGGGGGCUCGGGCAAUUCCCGGCCCCCACGCAACCUCCAAGGCUUGCUGCAGAUGGCCAUCACCGCGGGCUCUGAAGAGCCAGACCCUCCUCCAGAACCCAUGAGUGAGGAGAGGCGUCAGUGGUUGCAGGAGGCCAUGUCGGCUGCCUUCCGAGGCCAGCGGGAGGAGGUGGAGCAGAUGAAGAGCUGCCUCCGAGUGCUGUCACAGCCCAUGCCCCCCACUGCUGGGGAGGCUGAGCAGGCAGCCGACCAGCAAGAGCGAGAGGGGGCCCUGGAGCUGCUGGCCGACCUGUGUGAGAACAUGGACAAUGCCGCAGACUUCUGCCAGCUGUCGGGCAUGCACCUGCUGGUGGGCCGGUACCUGGAGGCGGGGGCUGCGGGGCUGCGGUGGCGGGCGGCACAGCUCAUCGGCACGUGCAGCCAGAACGUGGCAGCCAUCCAGGAGCAGGUGCUGGGCCUGGGCGCCCUGCGUAAGCUGCUGCGGCUGCUGGACCGCGACGCCUGCGACACAGUGCGCGUCAAGGCCCUCUUCGCCAUCUCCUGUCUGGUCCGAGAGCAGGAGGCUGGGCUGCUGCAGUUCCUCCGCCUGGACGGCUUCUCUGUGUUGAUGCGGGCCAUGCAGCAGCAGGUGCAGAAGCUCAAGGUCAAAUCGGCAUUUCUGCUGCAGAACCUGCUGGUGGGCCACCCCGAACACAAAGGGACCCUGUGCUCCAUGGGGAUGGUCCAGCAGCUGGUGGCCCUGGUGCGGACAGAGCACAGCCCCUUCCACGAGCACGUGCUUGGAGCCCUGUGCAGCCUGGUGACAGACUUCCCGCAGGGUGUGCGCGAGUGUCGGGAGCCAGAACUGGGCCUGGAGGAGCUUCUCCGCCACCGCUGUCAGCUGCUGCAGCAGCAUGAGGAGUACCAGGAGGAGCUGGAGUUCUGCGAAAAGCUGCUACAGACCUGUUUCUCCAGCCCGACGGACGACAGCAUGGAUCGGUGAAACCGGGUGGCUUCUUGCCCCUUUCUCCGUGGGAACCCCAGGCCUCUUGCCUCCCUCCCCACCUACAAGGCCCUCUCCCAAGGGAUCGCACGGCCUAGGUGCCUGGACCCAGGGCGUGCUAGCCCGUCUCUGUGCAGUCCCUGGAAGGGCCGCUGAGAAAGGCACCAGCUCCUUGGAUCCCACCUCCCAUGCUCUCACUCUCAUCCCCGUUCUCUUGUCCACACAGCUCUUCCAAUAAAGGUGUUUCUCUUCCUUCUCCUCCUCCUUCACUGCCGCCUUUGUCACCUCCUUUGGAGGGUGCAUGGGGGACGGGAGGAGGGGCACGAGUUUAAGGGACUUGGGGAGCCACUGGAGGAAUAAUAAAAGUGUUGCUGUUAUCAUCUA